AUGAUGAUGACUUCUCAGAACAACUCUGACUUGGCUUUUCUCGAUGUUUUACUCGUAAAUGCCGAGAAAUACAAUCAGGUUUUCAUUCAAAAAACGAAGCCGUCUUGGAUUUCUCACAUUCUUCCCCGUCUAAUUCGCAGUCCGGUUCACUUCAACAAGAUGUUUGAAAUUCUUGUUGACGUGGUUGUAUCAGAACGCCAUCCUGACUGGGCUAGGCGAGCUCUUCAAUGGUUAACCAGGAUAUUUGAUAAUCCGGAGGCAGUCGAAAUGGCUAAACGGUGUACCUCCUCAAUGCAUCGUUUUGUGUCGUAUUGCUCCGAAAUGAAUGGUAUUGAAGACCUUGUCAAUUCCACCCUCAAAUACAUAAAUUAUGAACGUGAAAAUAAAAUUAACAGGCGUUCUAGGGGUGGAAUUGUUGUCGUCGAUACAAAAUAUCUGUUCAUCGAUGACCCUCAACUUCGCUUUGGUGCGUUUAAAAAACGAUCCAAAAAGGAGGUUGAAUCUGGCAUUGAAGGUAGUGGAGAAGAUAUGGAUAAUGCUCUCUCUGACGAUCAAUGUUCGGAGCUUAAUUUAGAUGAUGGUGACAAUUCAAGUAUUUCAGAGGAUGAAGUCUCCGAGGACGACGGCGUUUUUGAUGUUGAUAGGAAUUCGCUGUCUUCGUUCACUGAAAGUCAAAAUUCUACUUUAUUCCCGCAACCUCGUACAGCCAGAGUUGAAGCAGUUUCAUUUGAAGAUGAUAGCGACUCUGCUGCACAAAUUGGCAGUGAUGAGAACGUCUCCGAUAAUGUGGAAAGCGAAGAAGAGGAGGAGGGAGAUGAAGGCGAUGAUAUGUUGAAUGUUGACCAGCCCCUUCCUUCGUCUUCCGAAGAUGAGGCCGAAGAGAGAGAAGAUAGUGACGGUAGUUCUAAUGAUAGCAAUGCUGGAAGUGACAACGAAGUGCCAAGUGCAGAUCAGGAGGUGGGCGAGGAAGAGAAAGUGGAGGAACAAGGACAGCAGAAUUCCAUUUCUUCUUCUUCUUCUUCUUCUUCUGAGGAGGAGGAGGAGGAGAAAAGUAGGGUGGCGGCUCCAAGGCGUUCAGCCAGGAUCAUGAAAAGGCAUUGA